UCAUGGAGCUCAGACAACUUCCUCUUGUGCUCUUGCUGAUUUCAAACAUUCACUCUGGACACACUGAAGAAAGACCAAAAGCCAAAGUGAACAUUACACCUGAUCAACAUGUAUUCAGAGGAGAGACAGUCACUCUCAGAUGUGACAUUGAUGGUGAAGGAGUCACUAGCUGGAAGUACAGCUGGUAUAAAGACGGUUCAGACAGUGUUUUCAGUGAUGAUCAGGAACACACAUUCAGUUCUGUUACUGAGUCUGACGCAGGUAAAUACUCCUGUUAUGGAGCAGAGAGAGGAGGAUCACGAACAUCAAACAUCAGUGAUGAAGUUACACUUACAGUAUCAGAUGAAGCCAAGACAGUUUUAAGUGUUUCUCCACAGAAGUGGUUGACUGAAGGAGAUCCAGUGACUCUGAUCUGUGAGGUUAAAGGCUCCUCUACAGGCUGGACAUUCAGAUGGUACACUCUAACUGCUUCAUCAGACAGCAGUAGUCAUUAUCAGCUGCUCUCAGACAGCAGCAGAGGAGCUGGAGGAAACUACAUUGUCAGUUCUGCUGCUCCGAAUCACACAGGAGUUUAUGUGUGCAGAGCAAAGAGAGAAAAACCAGUCUAUAACACAUGGUACAGCAACAAACAGCUUCUAUGGGUCACUGGUGUUUCUCCUCCAGUCUCUCUGAUCAUCAGUCCCAGCAGAACUCAACACUUCACAUCUGUCUCUCUCUCUCUGAGCUGUGAGGACCAGAGUAACUCUGAUAGAUGGAGAGUGAGAAGAUACACAGACAAUGAGCAGCUGGAAGAUUGUUCAUCAUCACUGAGGGGAUCACAAACAGGAUCUAAAUGUACAAUCAGCUCCACCAUCACAUCAGACACUGGAGUGUACUGGUGUCAGUCUGAAUCUGGAGAGAACUAUCAUCCUGUUAAUAUCACUAUACACUUUGAUGUGAUUCUGGAGAGUCCUGUUCAUCCUGUGACUGAAGGAGAUUCUCUGACUCUACGCUGUUUAUAUAAACAUUCAACCCCACCAAUCCUCUGUGCUGAUUUCUAUAAAGAUGGAUCACUCAUCCAGAGUCAAACUACAGAGAUGAUCGUCUCUACUGUCUCAAAGUCACAUGAGGGUUUCUACUACUGCAAACACCCAAAGAGAGGAGAGUCACCCAAGAGCUGGAUCUCAGUCACAGCUUCCUCCAGAUCAUCAAGAUCUGAUGGUCUAAAUCCCAUGAUAAUUGGAGUGACUGCAGGACUGAGUGCUGCAUUUCUGAUUGUUGUCCUCUUGGUCCUGCUGUGGUGCUACAAAAACAACAAAGGUGUAAGAUCUCAGUCUCCCUCUAGAGUCAGUCGACAGCAGAACAGCAGUCAGACAUCAGAACAGAACCAGAAUGAAGCGGGAUAUAACACACUGCUGUCUGGAACUGCUCAUAUUUAUGACUCGGUUGUUGCAACAAUUAAUAAAGACUUUAGCACAGAUAGUGUAAGCGGACCUACUGACGUCACCUAUGCUGAGAUUGAACUCAAGUCUACAGAGAAACAGAAGAUAAAUAAAGAAAACAAAGGGAAAACCAGUGAAGGUUCUGACACUGUUUACUCUAAACUGAACCUGGUGACCCAUCAAGGUGCUGGAUCUAGUGAUGUGACGUAUGCUCAGGUUAAAUAAAUGCCCAGAGGAGAAACUUUCAAUCCCAGGAUGCUGAUGAGUUUAGGUUGAGAAGAGCUGGAGAAUGAGCAGAUCAUCAGUACUUUAUCAUCUUUGUGAUACUGAGCAAUUGAUGGCAAUAGAUUUAUCUGUACUAAAUAUUAGUGACGCAAUCCUUCAUGUGCUUCAAUAGUUAUGCAUGCUAAUAUUUGAAAAGAAGAGAGCUGAUUAUACAUUGCAUAA